GCGGGCGGAACCAAUAGCAUCUGGCACUGCGCUCGACGUCGCCCGCCCGGAGUCUGCAUCCAGGUGCUCCGGCCGCACGCGGACGCCGUUCUCGGUAGGCUUCCGGCGCACGCUGAUCUGCAGCCGCCGACGGGCCGGAGUUCGCGGAGCCGCUGCAGUCUGUCUCGCCUGUGCGCCUGGUUCAGCCGCCGCCAUGGGGAUCCUGGAGAAGAUCUCCGAGAUCGAGAAGGAGAUCGCCCGCACGCAGAAGAACAAGGCCACCGAGUAUCACCUGGGCCUGCUGAAAGCAAAACUCGCCAAGUAUCGGGCCCAGCUCCUGGAACCCUCCAAAUCGUCCUCAUCCAAAGGCGAGGGCUUCGAUGUCAUGAAGUCGGGCGACGCCCGCGUGGCGCUGAUCGGCUUCCCCUCUGUGGGUAAGUCCACCUUCCUCAGCCUGAUCACCUCCACGGCCAGCGAGGCUGCGUCCUAUGAAUUCACAACCCUGACCUGCAUCCCUGGGGUCAUUGAAUACAAAGGCGCCAACAUCCAGCUCCUGGACCUCCCUGGGAUCAUCGAAGGCGCAGCACAAGGGAAGGGCCGUGGCCGGCAGGUGAUCGCCGUGGCACGCACAGCCGACGUCGUCAUCAUGAUGCUGGACGCCACCAAGGGAGAGGUGCAGAGGUCCCUGCUGGAGAAGGAGCUGGGGUCGGUCGGCAUCCGCCUCAACAAGCACAAGCCCAACAUCUACUUCAAGCCCAAGAAAGGAGGCGGCAUCUCCUUCAACUCGACGGUCACGCUGACCCAGUGCUCAGAGAAGCUGGUGCAGCUGAUCCUGCACGAGUACAAGAUCUUCAACGCGGAGGUGCUGUUCCGAGAAGACUGCUCCCCGGACGAGUUCAUAGACGUGAUCAUGGGCAACCGCGUGUACAUGCCCUGCUUGUAUGUUUAUAACAAAAUCGACCAGAUCUCAAUGGAGGAAGUGGACCGCCUGGCCCGGAAACCUGACAGCGUGGUCAUUAGCUGCGGCAUGAAGCUGAACCUGGACUAUCUGCUGGAGAUGCUCUGGGAGUACCUGGCCCUGACCUGCAUCUACACCAAGAAGAGAGGCCAGAGGCCGGACUUCACAGACGCCAUCAUCCUCCGGAAAGGGGCCUCUGUGGAGCACGUGUGCCACCGCAUCCACCGGUCACUCGCCAGCCAGUUCAAGUACGCGCUGGUGUGGGGCACCAGCACCAAGUACAGCCCGCAGCGGGUGGGCCUGACCCACACCAUGGAGCACGAGGACGUAAUCCAGAUCGUGAAGAAGUAGUGGCCCCGCCCCCGCCCCCGCCCCCAGUGGGACUCACCAGAGCCUAAAGUGGGGAAAUACAAAUGCACCCCAGGAAGGGGUCUCUCGUGUCUCUGCUGCUUGCAGAAAUUUCUUCAAUGGGCAGAUGGUGGACAGCAUGCUGGGGCCUUAGGACGAGGUUGGGGCUGGGCUGGGCUGGCGGUGUUUCCCAUGAGACUGGACUCUGGAAGGGGUCCUAUUUGGGUCCCUGGGCCUGCGCCUUCUCCCCCCCCUCCCCGCGCCUUCCAGUGCAGAAUGAGCAAGCUGCCCACCUGUCCCCAGCUAGGGCCUAGUGCAGAUGGCUGGCUUGAUGCCGUGGGCCUACUUGGGUCCCUGGCGGCCCCUCAGCUCCUGCCGGUUUUUCUGGUUCUCAGGGAGGGGGCUGCCCAGGACAAAACCCCCUAUCCACCCCCCACCCCAGGGCUGCCCCGUGAUGGAAACCAGAGAUCUGGGGCUUUAAAGGCCCAGCUCAUGCCCUCCACAGCCUGACCAGUCCCGAAGGGCCACCCCUUCCCAGGGCACCCCCUGCCCAGCACAGAGCCCAGGACCCAGCCCGGUGCAGAUACCUGGGGUGGCGGAUUUGGAGUCUGGGCUCUGCGUUUUCUCUAAAUACCACCCCACCCUGCACCCCCAAAUCUCUCGGCUCUCCUUCCUGAAAUAAAAAGUGGAAAC